UUGCUGGGAAGCUUCGUAUCAGCCUAAGGCUCCUGCCACCAGUGCUAGGUGUUCUGCGGUGGAACUGAGCUCUUGGUUGGCAGCAAACAGACAGGACCAGGCUCAGAGCAGACCCUGCACGCCUGCCCCAGCAGCUGCCCCCAUUCCAGCCCAGCAUGGCACAGCCCAGCACUCCAGAUGGGCAGCACAAUAUGCAGCAAGACAAACAGCAAGGCAAGCAGCAGCAUAAGGAGGAAGAUAGGCAGCAUGAUGAGGAGGAAGAUGAGCAACAUGGUGAUCCAGGAGCUGUGCCACAGAGUGGGCCAGUAGAUGGGUCAGGUGUUGAUUCAGGAGCCAAGACACCUUUCAAGCCAGGAGAUGGACCACAUGGUGAUCCAGGAGAUAGGCCAAGAGACAAGAGGAGAGUCUUUGGAGGUGCCAUUGGAGCUGCUGUUGGAAUAGGAGUGGCACUGAUUGGCAUCCCAGUGUGCAUCGCUGCAGUGGGAUUUGGGGCAUCUGGCAUUGCUGCGGGGUCCAUCGCCGCCAAGAUGAUGUCUGCAACUGCCAUAGCCAACGCUGGAGCAGUGCCUGCUGGCAGCCUGGUGGCCACCCUGCAGUCAGUGGGAGCUGCAGGUUUUGCUACUAGUACCAAAUUUUAUCUGGCAAGUGCCCUGGGCUCAGUCGGUCACAUUAUCGGCAAGAGAUUAUCAGGACGAAAGAAGCCCAAGAAGAAGUAAAGCCCAGCUGAGGAGCCUGAGCAAGACCAGGAAGCUUCCUGAGCCUCAGGUCUCUGGCAGGCAGCACUGCAGGAGCUGGGAAGCCCCACGGAGACCUCCUUAAAAAUCUGUGGGAUUCUGCUUUUUGGAACUUCAGAUUGCAACACGGUGCAGGAAAUGAGGAUGCACUCAGUGCUGAGGAAGGUUAAAGGGGUUUAAAUCACUUUUCCAGCAUGCAGAUGUGAUUCAAAUAAAAGCUAUAUUGGGGGUCCCA